GGGCGAGGGCUGAAGCUGAAGCUCGGUGUCCUGAACCUGCCAUGGCGUUGGUGGCUGUGGUGGGUCCAGCGGCUGGCGGAGACCGAGAGCGGCACCAACCCCGGCGUCUGAGGGCGCCACGCCGACCACUUUGAGACUGCGGGGCGCACAGAGACGCCGAAGCUGGCGAGCCGGGCUACAGUGUUGGGAGCUUCUCCCGGGUUGCGAAGCUCAACCCAGCCCAAGAAGAUGAAGAAGCGCAAGGAGCUCAACGCCCUCAUCGGUCUGGGCAGCGGCAGCGGAGAGCGGGGCAGCGGCAGUGGCGGCGGCGGCGGCGGCAGCCGCAAAAAGAAACACCUGCGGAAAAGUUCUUCCUCGGGCCACCGGCUCCUGCGCACCGAGUCCGCCGAGAGCAGUAGCAGCAGCUCUUCGGACCUGGAUUACGGCGAUGGCUUCGGGCUCCCAGGCACCCGUUCACGCUUCGCUAAGAGUGACUACGUGCGAUGUUGCAAGUUUUGCUACCCAUUAUGUGCUUUUGUUAUUCUGGCUGCUUGUGUGGUAGCUUGUGUUGGUUUGGUAUGGAUGCAGGUUGCGCUCAAGGAAGAUCUGGAUGUUUUAAAAGAAAGGUUUCGAACAAUGGAAUCUAAUCAAAAAUCAUCAAUCCAAGAAAUCCCUAGAUUGUCUGAAGAUCUGCUCAGUAAACAAAAGCAUCUGGAAAAGAUUGAAUCUGGAGAUAAGGGGUUAAACAAAAUAUGGGUAAACAUAACUGAAAUAAGCAAACAGAUAUCGAUCUUGGUUUCAGCAGUAAAUCACCUAAAAGCAAACAUUAAAUCUGCUUCUGAUUUGAUUAAUCUUCCUAUCACAGUAGAAGAGCUGCAGAAAAGUGUGGCUACUAUAGGUAGCACUGUAACUAGUGUUCAUCAUGAUGUUGAGACUCUGCAGGCAGCAAUUGAAGAACAUGAGAAAAGCAUAGAAACACUGAAAACUGAUAUGAGUGAAAACACAAAAGGUGUUAGAGGAAAGCAGAUGUCAGCGUCUAUUUCUCCUGUUCCUGAAGUAAAUGAAAAGAAUCUGACAGACAGCUGUAAACAGGAAAACCAGUAUCUGCAUACCUCUCUAGAGGAGGUAAACACAACUUUAAUAUUAUACCAGAAACAGAAUGAUUUGAGACUUUUCGGUAUGGAUUCCGCUGUCAACAAUUUAAGCUGGAGAGUUGCUUCGUUAGAAAAUCAUAUGGAGGGUCUGAGUAAACUGGAGAAAAAAGAAAACCUGAGUCUUUCUGUGGUGGGUGACUUAACUACCUCUGUGAAUUCAGAAAAUGAACCAAGAAAUGAAACUACUACUGCAAAUACACAAAAUCUGGAGAAAACAGAAAAUGGUGACUCCCAGGUAUCCAAACUAAGAGAGAAGCUGCAGCUGAUCAAUGAUCUGACAAGCAAGCCUGAGAGUGACACAUCUGAAGCAACUAAAAAAGGAAAACUCCAGAGUACCACAUCCAAGCCUACAAAACUUUCAAGACUUUCUUCAAGAUCAGUUGGCAAAAGUUUUGAGCAUAUUAGAUACCCAAGAGGAUUGUCCUUACCAGGAAUAUCCAGCGUAGAGGACCUUCAGGAAUUAUUCAGAAUCAGCAAUCAAGGCACCGAUGGCAAGCUCACAUACAAGGAUCUGCAAAAUCUGGUUGGGAUUACACUGCAUGAUUCACAAAGCUUUAAAGAAUUUGAUACAGAUGGAGAUGAGAAAUAUUCGUUACCAGAACUGAGAGCUGCUUUAGGUGUAUAGUAUCUCUAUUUAGAAAUUCAGUACUGAAGGACUAAAGUAGCUACUGGAACACGCCUGAUAAUUAAGAGCUACACCUGGCACUUUUCCCAAUGGUAUAUUAAUGUUUGAAACUUAGUGUACAUGUUGGCACUUCUUCAUUUGUGUUCUUUGAAAAUAUUGAAUGAUUUUUUUAAAGUUUUAUUUGUAAUAUGAGAUGUUGAUUGCUGAUUGUCAAUUCUCAGGCCCUGGUCCAGGGAAAAUUAGUUGUGCUCAAACUUGGUGAAACCAGCAGACUGCAUUAAUUGCAAAUAAUUUAUAUCCUGUUGAAAUGCAUGUAACUUAAAUGCAACUAAUUUUUGUUUGGGCCAGGCCCCCAGAAUGACAUCCUGUCAUUGUGUUGAAUGACUGGGAGCCAAGGGGUAAUUGCACCUUAAGCAAUGCUAACUCAGAGUUUUUAUUUCCCUUAUAAGGGAAACUCUUGUCUUCAAAUUUAGAAUGUGUGUGUAUAUAUUGACAAACCUGUAUUUUAUAUUUCUAAUAAAUUUGCCUUAAAAUAGCUGCACUUUAGGACAUGAACAAAAAAGAAUCUGUCUUUGUAGGAUGGAGCUUUCUAUGUGUAAAUAAUAUAGAAUAAAUUAUCCAUAUUUUGAGGAUUUGGCACAAGGUAAUAAAAUGCUUCAAUAUUAUAUGGAUAGAUAAUACUGAGAGACUGAAGAAUACAACUUUCUUCUAGAGAUUUCACUUCAAAAUGUACUCAUUCCAUUGUUGCUUGUAGACUUGUUUACGGCUUUGGCAUGUUUAAGGACAUAUUUGCAUUUUGAAAAUUUUGCCAUAGAUUUAGGACAGACCCUAAAUAAGAUUAAAACAGAAGUCCAGUUGCACCUUAAAACUUUCCCCUUAAAACUCAGAUAAAAGAAGUUCAUAUUUAUUUUAUAUUCUGAAAGAAUGUAGGAAUAGCGUUUCAAUAGUUCUUUUAAAUUUUGUACAUAAUUAUUUGGCAUUGUAACUUUAAAGAGACGGGUAAUCAUUACCAAUCAUAACUAUCACACCAAUGUAUACUGUCCUAAACAUGCACUAGGAGUUGAUUGCCUUUACUUUGGCUGAUUCCUUGUUUGAAUUUUUCUUCAUCCUCAAUGUACAUCUCAAAGGGGCAUGAGUAGCACUAAUGAGUAUCAUAAUUACUACUGUAUUGUAGUGCUUUUAUGUUUCUGCCUUUAUCAGAAACAGGAUAGGGAGAUUUACAUGGCUUCCUUGUUUAUAAACUUGGAAGGUUUGGUAUUUGAAAGCAAUUCUGCUAUUGAGGGAAGGACUAGUGGGCUAAGAUGCAGUGCGAGGCUAAACUGUAAAAGUAAACAGCACAUUAAGUGCUCUGAUAUACUGAUCAGAAAUAAAUCACAGCAAAGUAUCAAAUAUGCUUUUUUGUGAAUCUAAAUUUAAAAAUACAUCCGGAACUUUCUAGAACAUUUUAUUGACUCUAGCCUAUUACAUUGAGCAUAAUAAAUUACUGGCAAUGUAACUUAACUGCAAAGAAUUUAUCUUUUCAGUCUUUGAAAUGUAGAGGUAAUGGACAAUAACAAUGAUAAUGGUCAAGAGGACGCAGGAGUUCUGGGAGCCCUGAUAUAAUAGUGUGUAUGAUUUCCAAGUAGUGGAACAGACCUCUAAAGAUACUAAAAGAAAGGAAUUGGAAAAAUUAAAUGCCCUUCAUCAACAGUCUAGCGUUUCCUCCAAUUGCUUUCCAGCCCUAGACAUGUUGACUACCUAGUGAAGUCCUGAAAUGCAAUAUACUGCAUGAAGAUGGAAAAGCAAUCACUUUUAUGUUUUCUGUUUAAAAUACUGACCAAUUUAAAUAAAGCAAUAAAAACCAUACUAGUAUUUUUAUUUGUAUUGUGAAUGUAUUGAGGGUAUAUGUAUAUGGAAGGAUGCUUACAUCUAAUCAUCAUAUAUGGUAUAUAUAUGAAAGGAAGUUUACAUAUAAUCAUAGUAUUAAUAGUCUGAUUACUUUUGGUUUGGGAAUAUGUUUUUAUAAUUAUAGAAAAUGUCAAUAAAAAGUUAUGCCAGGCUCUUUGUUGAUUCCGAUUCUCAGUGGUUAAUGCAGUUCUCCAGCAAAACAUGCAUAAAAUCUACAAGAGUUCUGUGUGUUUAUUUAGGAAACUCAUAUGCAGUCUCUCCAGACACCUCCUUGAGGCAUCUCAGAAAAUAAAACUGUGUGCAGCCCAACUUGUGUUACCAGCAAAGGAAUCUGGGUGGUCAUGUAACAUCUGUAAGAAGUUAUGGAGCUUGUUUCAGCCACUCAGUGCACGUCAAGUGUCUGAAAGAUAAAAAUAAUUCAGCAGCCCCACAAGGAUCCAUUGUUUAUAUUAUGGUAAAGAAAUUUCCCAUAUAUGCUAAACUUUAUUUCUUUGGUUUUAAGUAAUAAGUUUCAAUGUAGCACAUGAUUUCUAGUUGGAAUUUGUAUGCAAAAAAGUAGAUCCCAUGUAAAGAGCUGAAGUUGCUGAGGCUGUAAUUUGUAGUGUUCAGAGUGUGUAGUGUUUAAUUUGGAUUGCAAGCUGAACUGUAAAUCUUUAAUAAUGGUAUAAUAAAUUGUGCUACAGGCAGCUUGUUAUUGAUAUUUGCUACUGCCACAUUACUGCUUCUGAUAAUGUGUGCAACAUAUGCCAAUGCAGUUUUCUACCACUCUGUCAAUGUCUACCCUAUUAUGGAUGGCAUUACCUGGUACAACUGGGGCCAUAUGUUGCUCCCGUGUAACUGAGACAGAGGUUAUAGAUGUUGUUGGGGCAGGCAAGUACUGUCUUACUGCAUGUAACAUGAAGGGGACUGAAAUAGUAAACUCUGGAACCAGAGCACAUGGUUAAUUGGCUCAACCAGUUUGCUAUUAUAAAAUAGACAAUAUGCCCUGAAAUAAACUAAAAGGUGUGUGUAGUAGCAUAACCACUCUGACCUCGAUAGCUCCAGGCUAGCCUGAUCUCAGAAGCUAAGCAGGACAGGCCCCAGUUAGCAUUUGGAUGGGCAACCUCCAAGGAACACCGGAGUUGUGAUGCAAAGGCAGACAAUGGCAAACCACCUCCAAACUUCUGUCUUAAAAACCCUUCAGCUGCAAUUUGACGGCACAAAAAAAGUAGCAUAACCACUACAUCGCUCAACUUGUGUAGUCAAGUUGUGCAGCAUAAACAGCCCCAGUGGGAGCAUUGCAGCACUAAAGUGCAUUGCUCUACAGCACUGUACCACUCAGAUUCAGGGCUGUGAGGCUGAGUACUAAGUGCUACAGAAUCAAUAUAAUUCUAUAGAAUAAGUGCUGAGGUACAGUACUCAGAUUUGUUGCUGGCUGCAGAUCUGUAGAGCUACAGCUCAGUAGCAUUUUUAUUCUGUGCUCAGUUUGUUGCAGAACUGUGCAGUAUGACCCUAGUGGCAUAGCACUCUGAUGGCUCAUGCGGGGUGGUUUUAGCUUUCCCCCUCUAUUUGUGCGGGAAGAAUAAAGGAGGGAGAUUGCCAAAAAUCAAUUGUUAAAAAUGCAUGCUAUUCAAUACUAUUCUGUGGCCUUUGAUGAAGGUCCUCAGGUUUCAGUCAUUUAAGGUUUCUUGCAGAAAGUUUGGUGUGAAUUAUGUAUUAUGUACUGCCAUUGAAAUGCUUCCAAUGAAGGUGGUAAACACUCUUUAAGCUAGUUAUUCCUAUGUUUCAGCAACUAUAACUGAGGCCAAAGAUAUCUGCUAAGAUGGGUCGCAUUAGUUCAAAGUUAGUAAGAUGGUAAUGUGCAACAGUAUGCAAGUAGAUUUCAUCUGAUGGUGGUAUAGGGCCAGAAUGUAACCACAAAACAGGAAUGGCUUGAACUACGUAUUUGUUUGCUGGGUUAUCCAGAAGGAGUUACUGGGGGAUGGACUGAACUGAGAGUUUAUUUUUCAGUAGAAAGAACCCCUAGAAACUAUAAGAACGCAACCUCCUAAUGUGGCUUUGAGACAUUACAACCUGGUUCCUUUCAUGUUUUCCCUUGUAGUAACAUGUCUACAAAAUAAAAUGCGGAACUAUGUUCUUAACUACUGGAUGACCUUUGGAAGCAAACGUUGGGGAUGAAUUUUGAGGAGUCUGGUCCACAGCAAUAUGGAAUUAGUCAGGUUUUAAGAAUCUUAAGUGCUAGCCUGUUCUGCAUGCGAAGCCUAGUUUUGAGCUAUACAACUUGUUUUAAAAUCUUUAGCUUUACACUGUAUAAAUAAUUUCCUUGAUGGUGACCUUCCAUAUAGAAUAACUUAAUUGCUAGCUUUAAAAAAAUUGGACUACUUUUAGGAAUGUACACAGUUCAUCUGUGUAUGAAUUUGAGUAGUGAGCUUUGCACCUGCCAUGCACUGUGAAUGUCAAAUUUAAGUAACAUCUUGUUUGGGGUAUAUUUAUCAUUUAUUUUAGUGGAUAUUUAUGAAAAGCAAUGUUUUAGCUCAUGCUGCAAACCAUGUCUUAUUUAAACUGCUGUUGCACUUGCAAUUAAGUAGCUUCAUAAAUUUAAUAUUGUCAUGCACAUGAUAAUCUUGUUUGUAUGGCUGUAUUUUUAUGGUAGAAAGUAAAUUUGUCAAAAACUAGCUGUGAUUUUUUAAUGGGCUGAAAGUAGUUUAUUAUAAAUGCUUUAAUUCCAUUGAUUAAUAAAUACAAAUUCAUAUUUAGUGAA